CUCUCUUUGAGAUGACCAAAUCACCCAAACCUUAACAUCGGCAAGCUCUCCAGUGAUCCAGUCUCCACAGCCUUUCCGGCUAGCACUUCCAGCCACACAUGGCACAACUGUAGCCACGUCUUUUCCCGAUCCAACGUGCGCUGUGCCGCCACCCACCCAGCGGUCUUGUACACCACUGCUCUAGUCUAGCCAUCGUCCACGGUAAACAUAGCAAUCUCUCUCUCUCUCUCUCCAUAUGCAAUUUUCUUCUUUUUCAGACACCAGUGGCCAUACCCUCCCUCUGCCCGUCUGCGGUCUGUUGCUCUCCAAGAUUCCACCACGUCUCGGCUUCUCUCAGUUGCUGAUAUAAAUUUGGAGCAAGAAAAGAUUACCAUGAUGGAGAACAGUUCAAUGUAAAUCCUCUUCGGUACCUUCUUCUAGGAAUUUCAUUAUGUAAUAGCUAUGUGUUGUAGCCAAAUGUCCUAUUCUCUGCUUUGGGUGAUGAACUUCCAUCCCACAUCUGGAGGAACUCAGAGUUUUAAUUUCCUGUUAGUAUGAGUUCCAGAAUUUCUGAGAAAGGGUGGUUAAGCUCUCAUUUAAGAAAUACAUAGUUUCUGACAUCUUGAGAUUCAGAAGCCUGAGUGAAUAAAGGAAAAGGCUAAGCCCAUCAAGCAUCUGAGGACUUUGAAGGAUGACGGUUUUAAAGCGGUAUGUGCUCCGAUUGUUCAUAUCAAUAAAGUACAUCACAGCGAAUGUCGUGGACAGAAAUAAUGGACGGAUUGUUGUAACAGCAUCAACAGUGGAACACGAUAUCAAGGGAUCACUUGAGUGUGGCCGGUCUUGCAAUGCCAAGGCGGCAGCAGUUGUUGGAGAGGUGCUGGCUAUGCGACUCAGGGUGGAGGGUCUUGAAGAGGGUCAGGGAAGAGGGAUUCAUGUUGAUGUUAACAAGGAAGUAGAAAAGAAAGGCUUUAAAAACCGUACCAAGAUAUGGGCCAUUGUCAAUGCUCUUAAAAGCAAUGGGAUCAAACUUAUUCUGGAUGAUAAGGAUGACAAUACUAGGUCAAAUUACUGAUAUGUUCCUUCCUUUUCCGGGUUCUCCCCUUAUAAUUUAUGGAAGAGAUCUUUAUGAUU